AUGUCUCUCUGGAACUCCUACCGAUCCCUCACCCCCAAAACCCGGGCCCUGUUCGGAAUUGGCGUCAUGGCCUGGGCCAGCAUUGGACUGUGGACGGCGCCGCAGGUGGAGAAUGCGUUGGGUAUGCAGGCGUCGAAGGAGGAGCAGGACGCGCUGGAGCGGAAGAUGGCGGUGCGGGUGUCGCGUGUUGGGGAGGAGAAGGAGGGGCGUGCUAAUUGA